AUGGAGAUGGAGAAAAUGCAAAACCCUAAUUCUCAUGAGCGUCUCGAAUCGUGGUCGGAUCAUCCUCUGGUUCUCUUGAAUUCGGUUUUGGAACGCCUCAGCUUUGCUAAUUUCCAACGAGCUAAAUCCGUAUGCACCUCUUGGCACUUUGUUUCAAGACAAUGCGUGCCCAAAAGCAAACAGAUCCAUUGGCUGAUUCUCUUCCCUGAAGACAACGACAACAACAGCAACAACAAUUAUUCUUGCAGGUUGUUCAAUCCCGAGGAAAAAGACAAACUCUACAAAACGCAAGAUCUAGGUUUGGAAUUUGCAAGGAGUGAUUGUAUAGCAACCUAUGGAAGUUGGCUCCUUAUGCGAGAUUCUCUGUGUAACCUCUACAUUCUGAAUCUGUUUACCCUCGAGAGGAUCAAUCUACCUCCUACGGAGUCACAAACCGGAAUGAUCACGAAGCUGGAGCGAACCUUAGACGGUUGGUUUCGCGUUACAAGUCACAACGGGAAAAAAGACAGAGGAUUUAGUAUGCGAUACCCUGUGCUUUGGAUUGAUGAGAAAACCAAAGAUUAUGUUGUUCUAUGGGGGCUUGGAGAUUUGUGUGUGGUUUAUUCCAAGAAAGGAGAUACCUCGUGGAAUCAAAUCCCGGAUACUUCAGGUUGUCGUAACGUGAUUUACAAGGAUUCCAAGCUUUACAUCUUAAGCUUAUUCUAUGAUUCUGCCCUAAUCUUCGAUUUCUCUGGAGAGAUUCCACAAAGAAAGUUUAUCCGUUUUCUUCCUCUUGAAACUGGGAAGUAUGGUAUCCUUCUGGAUUCACUCGUAGUCACAGUAACAGGAGAUGUCCUCACGGUUAGAAAGAUAUGGAGGCGGAGGUCUAGUACCUGGUCUUUCCGGAUUUACAAGGAUUGUUCAUCAGGAUUCGAGAAGAAAUACGAACUGAUUCAUUCUCUGGGUGACGAGUCAAUGUGCUCGCCGAUGACACUAAUGGGUUCAUUAGAAACUCUAUCUAUUUCAGUGUUGAAGAUAUUGUACUUGUUGAGUAAUCAUGUGAGUUCUAAUCAUGAAGAUAACACAAAUGGUGUCUUUUUCUUUAAUCUCGAGACAUGGGAGACGGAACCGCUGCACAAAUUUGAUUCUUCUCCAGUUCAACUCUCUAGCGCUCAAUGGUUCUUACCAAGUUGUACGCAUACAUGA